AUGGACUCGGAGAAGAUGGAUCUCUUCAGCAAGUUACCGGACGAGGUUAUUUCUCAUAUCUUGUCAUCCCUUCCAACCAAAGAGGCUGCUUCAACAUCGGUUCUCGCAAAGAAGUGGCGUUAUCUGUUUGCGUUUGUCCCAAGUCUCGAUUUCAAUGACUCUGAUUUUCUUCAUCCCCAAGAGGGUAAACGGGAAAAGGACGGAAUUCUUCGGAGUUUCAUGGAUUUCGUGGAUAGGGUUUUGGCAUUGCAGGGCGCUUCUCCCAUUAAGAAAUUCUCCCUAAAUGUUAAAACUGGUGUUGAUCCUGACCGUGUGGAUCGUUGGAUAUGUAAUGUGUUGCAACGCGGUGUUUCUCACCUUGCUCUAUUCAUGGAUUUCGAAGAAGAAUAUUCGCUGCCUUACGAGAUAUCUGUGAGUAAGACAUUAGUUGAGCUAAAAACAGGAUAUGGAGUUGAUCUUUAUUUGUGGGACGAUGACAUGUUCUUACCGAUGCUUAAGACUCUUGUUCUUGAAUCAGUUGAGUUUGGUAGGGGUCAGUUUCAGACACUUCUUCCUGCUUGUCCUGUCCUUGAGGAAUUAAUGCUGCUUAAUAUGGAGUGGAAGGAUAGGAAUGUGAUCUUGUCAAGUUCAAGCCUUAAGAACCUUAAGAUUACCUCCGAAGACGGCUGUUUAGGCACUUUGUCAUUCGAUACACCGAAUCUUGUUUUCUUAGACUACUAUGAUUACGUUGCAGAGGAUUAUCCAAUAGUAAACUUGAAAAACUUAGUUGAGGUUGGGAUCAACCUUGUUCUUACUGCAGAUCGAAUCAAUCGAGCAAGAGAUAAUGUGUGGAACCUAAUUCAUGGAAUACAAAACGCUGAGAUCUUUCACAUAUCCCCUGUUACUUUCGAGGUGCUCUCUCUUUCCUGUGAAGCCAUGCCGGUUUUUAAAAACCUUACCACUUUAAAUAUUAGGACUGUGAUGCAGCAAGGAUGGCAAGCAAUGCCACUUCUUCUAAAGAACUGUCCAAAUUUGGAAACUCUGUACCUUGGGGGACUCUUGCACACUGUCACGAAUAAAUGCGGGGAUGUUUGUGACUGCAUUCCUAGAAAGAAGAAAGGGCGCUCGCUCAUGGCUUGCCCUGUGAAUAAGAUACAGAUUCAAGGAUUUAGAGGAACAAUCAGAGAGGUGCACAUGAUAAAGCAUUUCUUGGACUUUUGUCCGAGUUUGAAGGAGAUGGAGAUAAUUGUCGAAACAAAGGAACCUACUCUGUUUGAAAUCCCUAAAUGGCUUGAAAUUGUCGAGGAUACGCUGAUGCAAUACAACGAGAUGUCGAGUUGCACUAUUAAUUACAGGGUGCUGGCUCCCUUGUACUGGAGGUGGACUCGAAAAUGAAGUCUUGGAGGAUGAAACUUGC